GAGAAGGCAGCCAGAGCUCAAUGCAUGAGGGUAGAAUGAGAGCGCCUGCAUCGCCAUGGUUGAUCAGCGCAUUGAGUAGCAUUGAUUUUAUGGAAGGCACAGUCACGGACCCUCACGGUUCACCACUAGGUAGUACCUGCAAGGGCUAAGGAUGAAAAUUAAGCAAUGUAUCCUGCACAAUUUUGACUGCAUGGGGGUAAAAACAGAUGCUGCUCUUCACCAAUUGCUCCAACGGUGGCGGCCUGCAAUUAGAUCGAACUAGAGGACGCCGACCAUCAGACAAUCUUAUGUCGCGGCGACGUGAUGCAAUCCUUCAGAGUCUCUUGAAAUUGAAGUUGUGCAUCCUUGCUGGCCAAAGGAUCUAUUCAGAUAGGCCAUUUGUUGGUGGCGUUCAGUUUUUUCUUUGAAAGAUCAAGCUAGUGGCGCAGUCGGCUGUGAUCUUAUGCAGUAAUCAAGCAGCAGCUGAGCGGUUGCUGACAUGGAACCAAUUGUGCUUGAUGUCGGAAGUGGUUACACAAAAGCAGGGUACGCAAACCCCGACAGCGAGCCUCCAUUGGUGCUCCGCACAGCCUUGGUGCCGGCCACUGAUCAGACCGGCAUCCGGGCGUCCCCAAGCAGUGCGCCCGGAGAGGAUACCUCCACUUGGCCAGUACAGAGGGGCCAGAUUGCAGACUGGGAAGCAAUAGAAGACUUCUGGCACUACAUUCUCUACAACCAGCUCGGUUGGGAAGAGGGCAAUGAAGGACAGGUCCUGUACGCGGAGCCUCUGUUCUCGUCAAAAGCCUCAAGGGAGAGGUUGGCACAGGUCAUGUUUGAGAACUUCAAUGUCAGCGGACUGUAUGUUCUCGACCAAGCCGUGCUCUCCCUCUACGCUACCGGGCGCCUCAGCGGGUGCGCAAUCGACGUCGGUUGCGGAAAAGUUGACAUCGCCCCGGUCGUUGAGGGGGCUGUUCUGCACAGCAUAGCGCAGCAGAUUCCUCUGGGGGGAAACGAUUUGACAAAGCUUUUCGAGAAGCUAGUUAGCGAGGCGGACCGAAAACGGGGCACAUCGAAAGCAAAUGGUGGGGCUGAUCAGAAUGGUACCUUAGGGGGGCCGACUUUGGGAGCGGAGUAUGGGGUGAUUGAGCAGCUUAAGGAGAAGCAUGCAGCGGUUGCUGAGGAUGCGGGCGCGUAUGUCAGGAUGACGUCAGGGGAUGCGGAGCCGCUCAGAGAGGAGCACACGCUGCCUGAUGGACAGGUCAUCUCCGUGGGGAGAGAACGGUACACCGUCGGAGAGGCCCUGUUUCAGCCGUCUUUGGUCGGGAUCGAUGCUGCUGGGAUAGCAGAGGCUGCGUCGAGGUCCAUCAUGGCGGGGCCUCAAGAGAACCAACGACAGUUCCUUGAGAACAUCGUUCUCUGUGGGGGGUCGUCUCUCAUAAACGGUCUCGAGUCCAGGCUCCUAAACGAGCUGUCACAAGCUUCACCGCCUUCUAUACGACCGCUCACUGUCAAGCCGCCGGAAUACAUGCCCGACUCUACACUCCGGCAUUCCGCAUGGAUGGGAGGGGCCAUUCUAGCCAAAGUCGUCUUCCCCCAAAAUCAGCACAUCACGAAAGCGGAGUACGAUGAGCAUGGACCAUUCAUUGUGCACAAAAAGGGCUUUUGAGUGCGGUUACUGGCACACAUUGAACCGGUCAACGCAGAUGGAAUGCCCUACUCUCGUCCUUG